AGCUCGGCUCGAAAAGACCUCAUUUUGCGCGCUUUAUGCACCAGGGGGGAAACAUUUAAACCAGCGGCCCGAUUCGGGGAAAGAGGAGUCUCGUUCUCGGUCAACCGUCGCCUUGUUACGAGGCCAAUGUUGAAAACGAACAGAGGGAGAUUGGCCCAUGGGAGCAUGGGCAUCGGCGCUGUCGCGUGCCGCUUUCCGCUUUCCGCUUGCCGCGGCGGUGGGCGGUGGCUGCGAGCUGAGCCUAGCCUUCGGCCCUCGCUCGUCGUCUCCGGCACUUCGGCGAUGCCCAGGCAAGGUUCGGAGGACCAGGGCGGAAAAUUGCCAGUUGGGAAGUUUGGGUCGGUCGGAGUUCGGGAUUGGGAACGUACCUUUUCGCCUUCUGCGCAAAGGUGCUGAAGUGGAAUUCUCCGGUUUGGGUUCGCUUUCUCCGGCUCGGGUUUCCUGUUCUUGCAGUUUAUUGCCGGUUUAUUGCCAUCCUUGUAACAAACGUAUCGGCUGGUUUUUUUGGCCUUCCAGAAACGCUCAUUCCAGACGCCGGAAAAACGUGAAUGGGUUUGUCACUGGCUGUGAUAACCCCUUUCAAUUUUGCGGGAGCGUGGAGUCGGUCUCCCCUGGGGUUCUUCUGGAAACAAGACGGCUCGGGUCUUUACUCGCGUUCACUACUCCGCUCUGCUCCGCUCGGUCACAGUGAUGGACAAAGUGGAAACCAAAACACCAUGGAGCCCUUGUUCUUGCUCCUCGACAUUC